AGUUACAAAAUCCCUGGCUACAAAUGAGUGUAGGGCUCUACCUAUAACAUUUGUAUUGAUUUCAUUCGAAUUAGCCCACUGCUUCCUGGGUGCGCAUAACACCUGCCCUUGAAAUCCACAGACAACAUCGUAAAGGACUACGGGUGGUUUGCAUAGAAGCAACACGCUUUUUUCUAUUUCACAAUAUUGCUGUCACGUCCGUUCCAUUAUUGCGCUUGUGAUGUCAGUGGAUUUAGGUGCCCGUCACGAAUGCCUGAGCGUUUCUGUGUGGGUUCCAUGUCCUUCAGUUUAGUGGCUGGAUUCUGAUUUUACCCUCACUGAAAACACCUUGGAUUGUGGACUCGGGAUCGCUGCUUUACGUGCAGCCCUGAACACAAAACCUGCGUUUGUUUUGCGCGGAUUGUGUAGCGUGUUUUAUUAUAACUUUAUGCACGAAAUGGAAUGCAGAGUAUUGUCAAUUCAGAGUCAUGUUGUCAGGGGAUAUGUUGGCAAUAAAUCGGCAUCAUUUCCGUUACAGGUGCUGGGGUUUGAGGUGGAUUCAAUCAACUCGGUACAGUUCUCCAAUCAUACAGGCUACUCUCACUGGAAAGGCCAGGUGCUGACCGCGGACGAGCUGCACGUCCUCUACGAGGGGAUCAAGCUCAACAACGUCCACCACUACGACUAUGUUCUCACAGGGUACACUCGAGACACUUCCUUUCUGGAGAUGGUUGUGGACAUCGUACAAGAGCUGAAGAGGGCCAAUCCUAACCUUGUGUAUGUGUGUGACCCGGUGCUGGGGGACCAUGGCUCCAUGUACGUUCCAGAGAACCUGCACCCAGUCUACAAGAACAAGGUGGUGCCAGUGGCCGACAUCAUCACACCCAAUCAGUUUGAAGCAGAGCUCCUGACAGGGAAGAACAUUAGCACAGAGAAAGAUGCAGUGGAGGUGAUGGACCUGCUCCAUAAGAUGGGUCCUGACACGGUGGUCAUCACCAGCUCUGACCUGCCCUCGCGUCUGGGUGACCGCUUCCUUGUGUCCCUGGGCAGCCAGAGGACGUUGAUGCCUGAUGGUACCAAGUCCACCCAGAGGGUUCGUAUGGAAAUCCCCAAGGUGGACGCUGUGUUUGUGGGGACAGGGGACCUGUUUGCUGCGAUGCUGCUGGCCUGGACUCACCACUACCCCAACGACCUCAAGACUGCAUGUGAGAAGACUUUCUCAGUCAUGCAUCACGUUAUCAAGAGGACCAUCUCUUAUGCUCACGAUUUAGCAGGGCCUGGCCGAAAACCCAGCCCGCCUCAACUGGAGCUGAGGAUGGUUCAGAGUAAAGCAGACAUUGAGGACCCCGCCAUCGUGAUGGAGGCUACUGUCCUAAACCUAUAGAGCCCCCACCCUCAAUCCCCCCGCGCCACAACCGCACAAUGUAUAGGUGUUGUACAUUUUGAUCUGUAAUGUGACAUUGCCUUAGAAAUCUCUUACAGAGCACAACAUUUCCAUAUGAGGAGACUUAGCAGGGUAUGGAUGGACAGAUGGGGGGGGUGAGCAGAGGAGGGGAAGACCUGAGUGGGCCGGAGUGGGGGCUACUGCACUCAGACACCUCUUUUCGACAACCUGGUCUCUCUCGGUCUCUCUUUAUCUCUCCCACUCCCUCUUUGAGCUUGCCUAACCUCUUGGUUUGUCCUGCACACACAGCUUCACAGCCCAGGCCAGCCCAGGCCUAGACUAUUCCAAGGCUAGGCAUCACAGGGCUUAGGCCUAUUGGAGUUGCAGCACUAGCUAACUACGGUGGCAAUGUGGUGGCUCAGGCUAGCUAAAGCCUAGGCCGAGGUUAUAUCUGGCCUGCAAAAAUCAACCAAUCAACAAUCUGUCAAUCAAUCAAGCCUUGUGAAAUAUAUGCACAGCUGAGGGCAGAAUACUGAUCAGGGAUAGGAUAGACUCUGAGGCACUUAUUUGAGUGGAGGAGUGGUGGUUUAUAAACAUUUUACCUCAUAUGUCACAACAGGACAAUGGUUUUGGGUAUGUUGAUUCUUAAAUCAAUUGUCCAUGUUCGGUGCUUAGAUCAUGAUCAGCGUAUGAUCAUUGUAAGCACGUCACUAACUUUGUGGUUGUACGUUUUUGUGUGUUGUUUGUUAUUUACAAUGUGUGAAAUGCUGGAGAUCUAUCAUUUCAACAUUUGUUGAUGUAUGAUCCGUGUGUGUUCAAAUUUCAAUGUUAUUGGAAUUACCAUGCGUAUGUCUUUUAUUUUGUUCUUAAUUGGUUGCAAGGACUAGCAAGGAUAAUCUACACUGUUCAUUUUAUACAUACAAAUUAAGCAAAACAUUCAUAUACUUGUUUAUGUGUUUGUAUAUUUACAUAUCUUGGGCAGAUAUAAUAUUGAUAUGGUUUCUCUGUCUGUACCAAACUUGUGAAAUCAAAUUAUGUUAGAGAGUGCCAAACUGGCUGUUUCCUGAAACAGACAUGAAAUUGCAAUAAAGUUAAUAUGAUUCCUGUUAUUUAGCCAACUUGCUGUAAGUUUUCUGUCUUCCCCUGCUUUGUGGGGAAUUCUCCAUAUCUUAUGCUCUGUUCUGAAGAAUGAACAAUGUGGAGAAAGCUGAUUUGAUCUUUCUGGUGAUGCUAUGUUACAACCAUUUCUCCUCAGGCGGGGGGAGUGUCCGUGUGCAGGACCAAUCAGGGGUUAGUUCUGCUCUGACUGACAUGUACUUACUCCUCAGCUUUUCAUGAAACCAGUGAACUGUUUAAUCUAUGUUCCAAUUGUGCGUUACUGUACAUUUGUGUGUUUGCGUGUGUGUGUGUGUGUGUGUGUGUGUGUGUGUGUGUGUGUGUGUGUGUGUGUGUGUGUGUGAGAGAGAGUAUGUACAUGUAUGUAAGUGUAUAUUUCCUCUGUAAUGGGG